AACCUCUCAAAAUAUCUCAAUUAGAAUUAUUUAGAAAUAAAUAUAUCUCGACUUCAUCUCAUGUAAAUACACAGAUAAUAAUGAAGACUAAUAUCCUUAUACUUACCAUUUUAACCCUAAUCACCUUCACACAAACCUCAUGCCGAAAAACCCUCAAUCUCACAACCGAUCAACACACACUACUCUCUUUCAAACACACCAUUUCUUCAUCACAUCCCAAUUCCAUCUUGGCCACGAGCUGGUCCACCAACACACCCACAUGCCGCUGGCGAGGCGUCUCGUGCGGCGCCAAACACCGCCGCGUCACGGCCCUAAACCUCUCCUCCUUCGGCCUACGUGGAAGCCUCCCUCCACAUCUCGGAAACCUAACGUUUCUCCAAUUAUUAGAUCUCAGCUCCAACCGCUUCACCGGCCCCAUACCCUCUCACCUCUCUAAACUGCGUCGUUUAAAGAUGAUCAACUUAGGGUCCAACAACUUCACCGGACAAGUACCGUCGUGGCUCGGAGCCUUUUCCGAUCUGCAAUACGUGCGGCUGAGCAACAACAGCUUCUCGGGGGAGAUACCUUCGUCUCUGUUCAAUGCUUCCUCUCUGAUUGAGAUUAAUAUGAGAUAUAAUAUGCUAUCGGGGAAGCUUCCGGAUGAUAUAUGCAGUAAUAGUCGGAAAUUGGAAGCUCUGUUUCUCACCGGGAAUCGGCUCAAUGGGGAGAUUCCGGCGAAUAUAUAUAAGUGCAGAGAGCUUCAAGAUUUGCGGUUGCCUAUUAAUAGUUUCAGCGGUAGGAUUCCGGUUGAAAUUGGGAAUUUGAGCAUGCUUACGGUUUUAUCUCUUGGGAUGAACCAUUUCGAAGGAGGAAUACCGGCUGAAAUAGGAAUGCUUUCUGAAUUAGAGAGAUUAUCCAUCCCUAGCGCUUCCCUAACUGGAAAUAUUCCAAAUUCUUUCUUCAACUUUUCGUCUAUGAUAUUGAUGGAUCUCAGCAACAAUAGUUUAUCUGGAACUAUAUCAAUAGUCACUUUCCACAUCCUCCCUAAAAUUCAAGAAUUGUAUCUUCUAUAUAACCACUUGACAGGUGUUGUGCCAAAGGAAUUUGGAAACUCAACUUCCUUGACAACUUUGGAUCUUGCUUAUAACCGAUUGACAGGUGAAUUACCAGAAGAACUUGGUAACCUGGUAAAUCUUGAGAUGUUUGCAGCUUCCUUCAACGAUUUCUUAUAUGGAACCAUACCAUCUUCCAUAUUUAACAUUUCAUCAUUGAAGGUCUUAUCUCUUCAGCAGAACAAUUUCUCAGGAAACCUCCCUCCAUUUAUGGGACUCUCCCUCUCCAAACUCCAAGAGCUUUAUCUAUACUUUAACAAGCUCAGCGGAAAAAUCCCAAGCUCCAUCACCAACGCUUCUCAACUUAUUGUCAUAGAAUUGAACAGAAAUACAUUCACUGGCUCCAUCCCAGACUUUGGUAAUUUAAGACUCUUGAAAGCACUUCGACUUUGGGAAAACAAUUUGACAGGAGCUGAAUCUCCCCAUCAAGUGAUAAGAUUUCUCUCUUCAUUAGCUAACUGUCGCGAUUUACAAUACUUGGAAAUAUCAGACAAUCCACAAAUGAAUGGGAUCCUCCCGGCCUCCAUUGGGAAUUUAUCUACUGAUCUUGUCACUUUUGCAGCAUCAAACUGUAAUAUAAAAGGUUCUAUUCCUCACGGGAUUGUAAACUUAAGUAGUUUGCAUGGUUUGUAUCUUCACCAAAAUCAUCUCACAGGAGAUGUUCCAAUACAUAUAGGAAACUUGAAGCAACUUGAAGGUAUAAACCUUGGUACAAAUCAUCUUCAGGGGUUCAUCCCUCAUGGUCUUUGCCAAAUGAGAAUUCUCAACUUGUUGAACUUGAGUGAGAAUAUUUUCACAGGUGAUGUGCCUGGAUGUUUGGGAAGGAUUAGAACCUUAAGGGAGGUGUAUUUGGAUUCAAACAAGUUGAAUUCCACCAUACCUCUUGAAUUAUGGAAUCUCGCAGAUCUUACGAGUCUAAACUUGUCCUCAAACUAUUUGAAUGGUGAAUUAUCAUCUCAAGUUGGUCGCUUGAAGGCUAUCAAUGAGCUAGACUUGUCUUGCAACCAAUUUUCAGGUGAUAUUCCUAGCUUGAUUGCGGGGUGCACUUCUUUGGAGUUCUUGUCUUUGUCGAAUAAUACGUUUGGAGGAUCUAUACCCCAAUCUUUCGAGAAUAUGAGAUCAUUGAACGAGUUAUAUCUAUCUCAUAACAAUCUCUCUGGUGUUAUACCAAAGAAUUUGGCUAACCUGGACCUCAUGUAUCUUGAUGUAUCUUACAACAAGUUGGAAGGGGAGAUUCCAAAUGGAGGGUGUUUCAUUAACUUCAAUGCUGAAUCGUUUGCUCAGAACUAUGCUCUUUGUGGUGUUGAAAGAUUUGGGGUACUAACUUGUGCGAAAAAACAUGCUAAAUCAAGACUGAAGAGUGUUGCUGAGUUGUUGAAGUAUAUUUUGCCACCUGUGCUUUCAGCUUUGAUAUUGGUAGCUUUUGCAGUUAUGGUAAUAAGGCGAUGCAGGCCAAAAAAAUUACCAUAUCAAGAUGAUACUUCAGUAGGUGAUGCUUGGAGGAGAGUUUCGUACUUAGAGCUUGUGCGUGGAACUAAUUCUUUCAGUGAAACGAGUCUGCUUGGACGAGGAAGCUUUGGUUCAGUAUUCAAAGCGAUGCUUUCUGAUGAUUUGGAUGUUGCGGUGAAGGUCUUUGAUAUGCAAUCGGAAGGAUCUAUGAAGAGUUUUGAGACUGAGAGCCGGAUACUAAGUAACAUUCGACAUAGGAACUUGCUUGGGAUAAUUGGUUGUUGUAGUAACGUUGAGUUCAAAGCGUUGAUUCUUGAGUACAUGCCUAAUGGGAGUUUGGAGAAUUGGCUACAUUCUGAAAAUUGUUGGUUGGAUUUACUGCAGAGGGUGAAUAUAGCAAUUGAUGUAGCACUGGCCUUGGAGUAUCUGCAUCAUGGCUAUACAUUCCCCAUUGUUCAUUGUGAUAUAAAGCCGAACAAUGUGUUGCUUGAUAAGGAUAUGACUGCUCGUGUUGGUGAUUUUGGUAUUUCCAAGCUUUUUGAUGAAGGGCAGACUGAGGUUCUGACUAAAACAUUGGCAACUAUCGGAUAUGCAGCACCAGAGUAUGGAUCGGAAGGAAAGGUAUCCACGAACGGAGACGUGUAUAGUUAUGGUAUAAUGCUCUUAGAGAUGUUGACCGGGAAGAAGCCCACGGAUGAUAUAUUCACUGGAGAAAUGAGCUUCAAAGAGUGGAUUGGCGAAGCAAUACAAGAAAAUGCAGUAAGUGAAGUUACAGAACAUGGGUUGCUAGCAAGAGAAGAUAGGCAUUUCAAUGAAAAAGAGGGAUGUGUGUCAUCUAUUUUUCAUGUUGCAAUCAAAUGUUUAGUCAUUUCACCACAUGAAAGAAUCAACAUGAUUGAAGCAGCAGCAACUCUCAAGAAAGUAAGAGCCACACUUUUAGCAGGAACCACAAGGCGUUAGUAAUCUCAAAGUGUCUCUUUUUUAAAGUCUGUGCAUAAAUUCCUCCAGAUCUUACUUAAAAUUUGGAAUACAAUGCAUAGUCAACACUUGUAGCUGAUUUUAUUCCUAUUUAUUUUUUGCUGAA